AUGGCUGCUACUAAAUCCCCUAGUCAUUCAUCGUUUUCUCAGCUAUUGGAAUCGUGGUUCAUAUCGUCGGUGCAACAAGCAAUGCAAGAAUAUGUACAAGAGAAAAAGGCUUUAGUUAUUUACAACUCAUCGGGCAAUAAUGACUGGUUAAUAAAAUGGUUUAGUCCAAUAUUCCACAAGGUUUCGCGGGAUAAGUGUGUUUGGUUGAAGGUUGUUACAGGUACGGAGCAGUUUAGGUAUUUCCAAGAGUUGUUCCCUAAUGUCAAGGUUCCUAGCAUCUGUUGUAUUAAAGAGGGCCAGUUAAUCGACUCUUUAUAUGGUGAGGAUGCUAUGGGAAAGUUUGUGAAUAGGUUAGUAAUGUUUAUUGAUGCAAGUACGCCGCUAUAUUCAGAAAGGCCGAAUAUUUCUGAGCCUUUUGCUUCGCCAUCCUUGCAAUCGUUGUCAGCAACUUCACAUCUGGGGGCGGGACCUGCUGAAACUAAUAAUGAAUCUAGCUCGAGAGAAUAUCAAGCUAGGGUAAGACGGCAUCAGAAGUUAGCUGAUGAGGAGCGGAAGCGGAUUUCCAAGCUAGUUGAAGCCGAUGCCAGGGAACGCGAGAUUCUACGGAAAGAAAGAAGUCUCCGAGGAUCAUCUUCAGACAACAAGAUAGUUGAUCAUUCCGCGAAAGAAAGCUCGAAAAGACAUAUGGCUAUUUGUACCUUGUUAAUAAAGUUGACGAAUGGUGUGUCUUUAAAGCAUGAGUUUAAUCCAACAGACACCUUAAACAAUGUACGUCUCUGGGUGGAUGCCAAUAGGACGGACGGAGACCAUCCGUACCAGUUUUACAGAAAUAUUUUUAGGGAGACCUUUACUGAUUCCCAAGAAUCUAAGACCUUAGAAUAUUUGGAAUUAACCCCCAGGUCUGCGUUAAUAUUGAAGCCUGUACAAAACGAGGUUGUCACCCGGUCUAUUAGGGACGCACAAGGGCCUGGGGUUCUAUUAUCCGCUUUACAAAACGUUACAUAUUGGUGGUACAGAAGUCAGAACCCGACAUCAGAAGCACUUGCGUCACGUCCGAUUUCUCAAACGGACGCAUCAUCUCCAACCUCUUCAAUGUAUGUAUCACCAGCACAGUCACCAUUGUUGGGCCAUGUUGAUUCAGAUAGUUCAGAGAUGGGUUUCCCGCCUAGAGGUAGCUCUCCAAAUGUAUAUCAUUUUGAAAAUACCGCAAAUGAUGAUAAAGAUCGCGAACCAUCAUCCUACACCAGAAAUACUGUUAACUUCAAAGAUAGUUAA